AUGGAUCAUCAAGCUUUAAUAUCCUACGUUGACGAUCCUUACUUAGCUGACUAUGACCACCAACAAGAAUUCUUCACCAUUUUGGAUGAAUUAUAUACAGAAGAAUUACAUUAUGACAUGAUAGAGGACGAAUUUGAUGAUUUCCACUUCUCCUCAGCUGUCUAUCAACAAGAAGAAAUCUUCCCAAUUUCGGACGAAACAUAUGCAGAGGAAUUGCAGCUUGAAGAGGCUCUCAUGUCCUCAGCUAUCAUUUCAACCAGGAAGUGGGAGAAAUCAGAAAUGGAAAAUAAUUGGAUGGAAAAGGAGAAGGAAAAGGUAUCAAAGAGAAGUGAAACUGGUGAAUAUUCUCAAAGCUUCUGUUUGAUUUGCAUGGAUACAAAACCAGCAGGAGAGAUGUUCAGAAACAACACUUGUGUUUGUCGUUCCAUUGUUACGGGAGAAGUGUUUGAUAGAUGGGAAAAUGCGCUGUGCGAGUCUAUGAUUCUCGUGGCACAAAAAUUUUACUGUCCUUUCAAGGAUUGUUCAGCUAUGUUGGUUGAUGAUGGCAGGGAUGUUGUGACUGUAUCUGAGUGCCCGAAUUGCAGGAGGCUGUUCUGCGCAAUGCAAGGUUUCGUGGCAUGCCGGGAUGGAGUGCAGGGAGUUCCAGAGGUUGAAAAAGGGUAA